ACCUGGCACCAAGUGAUUUUAUCACCUUUUAAAGCAUUUGCAAAAUUUUCUUGAUGGUGCAAAACUGUCCUCAAAAAAGGCUUGCAAAAAUGGGCUAGUCUAGUUUUUUUUUUACCAAUGUGGAGGACGAGAGCUUCUUCAAUCGUGGAAUGAAAGUUAUCAAACAAAACGGUGCAUAUUUGAUCUAAUUAGGACAAUCGUAACUAUUUAAUUACAUCUUUAAAAUAAAGCUUAAAACAGCUCGGAACUUUUUACGUGAUCUCCUUGACCUAAUAGGACGCUAUAAGUCCAUAUGAUUUUUAGAAAGUACGUAUUAGGAAUAUUAUAAAUUAAUAUUAAUGAUACUAAUUUAUUCGGAUGAUAAACCUCUUGACUUUAUGCCUUGAGCUCGCGCAGACUCAAUUCGUUGUGUGUCGACGAUUAAUUCCCUCCACUGGCAGUUGGAGUAUUCAGCGUUAGUAUUAGUAGUGAGUCCGCCAAAAGAUGUCCAACAAUUGGACGCGUCCUUCAAAUAUCGAUUUUCCCGCCGUUUGGACCACUUUUCAGAUCAAACAUCCUAAGACGGGAGAAACAUGCGCCUUCCAGAUAAAGGAUUUACCCGAAGAUCGUUUCGACGAGGCAGAAAAUAUUAUGAUUGAACACUUUCUCAGCGAAGAGGAAAUGUGUCAGUCCAAAGAAAUCAGCAAAGAUCCAAGCUCCAUGGCCUUGGCACGUAUUUACUAUAGAGAAAUGAUCGAAAGAAAACUAACACUAAUUUGUGUACCAGAAGGAUCUGAUGAGAUCGUUGGAAUAAAUGUGUUGGAUCCAGUAACAAAGUAUGAUGAUAAAAUUGAACUUCCCGAAGGAACUGAUGCUGCAGUUCUAGAUCUUCAGAUUGCAGCAGAAUUUGCAAUGAAGCAAGCUGAUAUCUUUGGUAAAUAUUCCGUGGAUAAGUACAUGAGUGCCUGGGGACUCUAUGUCUUCCCAAAAUUCCGUGGAAUGGGAAUAGCUGGAGAGAUUCUCAAGGCUCGUGUUCCUCUUGGUAAGGCUGUAGGUUUCCACGUAACAUCAACUCAAUUCACAAGUUCAACAUCUCAAGCAGUUGCCAAGAAAGUGGGCUUUGUGGAUGACUUUGUAAUUCCUUAUGAGGAUUUAGGUAAAAAAGAGCCAUUCAUCGAGUUUCCAAACAUUAAAUCACCCCUUCUCAAAGUCAUGAGUCUCCCAAUUAACUGACAAAGAUCGUAUUAAAUUUACUGUAUUUACAGAAUUAAGCUUACGUCAUUAGUAUCUCUAAAAUAAAUUUUUUCCAGUUCAA